AAUGACAGGCCUGUGCCACUGUCCCUGGCAAAAAGGACACUUUUGAAAGCAUUUGUUUUUAUUUGUGAAUAUUAUACUUGAGGGGAAAGAAUAAUCACUUAACACUUCCUUGUGUUUGGUCAAAAUAACUGCUUUAAAGGGAAUAAGGAGGUUGUUGAUAGAUCCCAGGGAUAUGGAGUCCUGGGCUUCAUCAAUAGAGUAUAACUGCUCCCUUUUCUGAUAGUCCAUGAUGUAGAGUCACCCCAGUCGUGUAGUCACGUAAGCACACAGGGUAAUACUGAUGUAGGGACAAAGGAGGCAAGGCACUGAAGAUAGCCAGAAACAGUUUUAUCUGGCUGCAGCCAGUCUCAGAGGGCACAGCUUUUGCUGUAAUCAAUCAAUCAAUCCCCUGAACCCUGAGUUCAGGUGGUUUUAGGAUUUUAUACUCAUCAUGUAAGGGGAGGGGCUCAGAAGUUCACAUUGUAAUACGGAGACUCUCAAAUAACUCUCAGAUCACACAGUCUCAUUCAAAUUAAGCCUUUAUUGCUGGCUCUUGGCAGACACUCUGCUCUCAAAAGAAUGAGAUGAUCAGAGUGGUGCCCCUGCCUUCAGUUGGCUCCAUAUUUAAGCACAAAAACGACAAAAGGGACAUUUGGGGUUCAGGCAAUGCAAACAAGGCUGAAAGUUGCAGUCAGUUAUUCUCCAGUUGGCACCAUAGAUCAUUCUGUGUUCUUGGGGGAUUUUCAUGAAUACAAACUGCCCCAGUCAUGACUUUUUGUGUGUCCUGGCUAAGUUUACAAAAUGGUGUUGCCAUAGUUAAGUUGUCACAUCACACAUAAAAACAGCUUUUUCUUUCUCUGUUCUGACCAAGUUAAGCCUUCAAGGACAGCACCUGAGAAGGGGAGAGCUUCUUCUCCCCUUUCUUUCCUCCCCCACCAGCUGUUUCCAUGAAGCCUAGUUGAUCUCAGUGACCUUUGAGGAUGUGGCUGUGAACUUCACCCAGGAGGAGUGGGCUUUGCUGGAUCCUUCCCAGAAGAAUAUUUACAGAGAUGUGAUGCAGGAAGUCUUCAGAAACCUGUCUUCUAUAGGAAACAAGUGGGAAGACAAGACCACUGAAGUUCAGAUUGAAAACUCUGGGAACAAUGUAAGGCAGAUCACAUCUCACUCUGGACACAAAUACUACAAGCAUGAGGAAUGUGAAGAGAAGCCAUGUGAAGUUAAACAUUAUAAGAGAUCUCUGGUUUCUCUCAGAAGUGUUUACACACAAAUGUUAAUACAAACUGGAGAUGGACCUUAUGGAUGUACAGUACGUGGGAAAGUCAUCAGUCAUUCCAGUGACAUUCAAAGGCAUGAAGAUACUCAUACUGGGUGGCAACCCUAUGAAUAUCAGCAAUGUGGUGAAGCCUCGUCUUCUCCCACAGGUGUUCCAAGACACAUGAGAACACACAGUGAACAUAAACGUUUUCAAUGUGAGGUAUGUGGGAAAGCCUUUUGUUUCUCCUCUUUAUUAAGAAGACAUGAAAGAACUCAUGCUGGAGAGAAAGUGUAUGAAUGUAAACGAGGUGGUCAGACCUGUAUUUCAUACACAAGUCUUCAAAGGCACAGGAUCACACACAUGGGGAAUGAAUGUUUCAAAUGUAAGGUAUGUGGGAAAGACUUUGCUUAUCCCAGUUUACUUAGAAUACAUCAGAGAAUGCAUACUGGAGAGAAGCCCUAUGAAUGUAAGCAGUGUGGAAAAGCCUUCACUCAGUCUUCUAACCUUCACUCACAUGAAAAAAUUCAUACUGGAGAGAAGCCCUAUGAAUGUAAGCAGUGUGGCAAAGCCUUUGCUACAUCUCAUCAGCUUCAUAUACAUGGAAGAAUACAUACCAGAGAAAAGCCCUAUGAAUGUCAACAGUGUGGAAAAGCCUUUACUACUGCCUCUGGCCUUCAGAUACAUGAACGAACUCAUACUGGAGAAAAGCCAUAUGAAUGUAAGCAGUGUGGGAAAGCCUUCACUCAGUCCUCUAACCUUCACUCACAUGAAAAAACUCAUACUGGAGAGAAGCCCUAUGCAUGUAAGCAGUGUGGCAAAGCAUUUGCUACAUCCACUAAGCUUCACAGACAUGGAAGAACACAUAUUGGAGAGAAGCCCUAUGAAUGUAAGCAGUGUGGAAAAGCCUUUUCUACAUCCAGUUCUCUUCAGAUUCAUAGAAGAAUGCAUACUGGAGAAAAGCCCUAUGAAUGUAAGCAGUGUGGCAAAGCCUUUGCUACAUUCAGUUACCUUCAGUCACAUGAAAAAACUCAUACUGGGGAGAAGCCCUAUAAAUGUGAGCAGUGUGGAAAAGCCUUUUCUACAUCUAGUAACCUUCAGAUUCAUGGAAGAAGACAUACUAGAGAGAAAUCCUCUGAAUGUCAACAAUGUGGAAAAUUCUUCACUACUGCCUCUGGCCUUCAGAUACAUGAACGAACUCAUACUGGAGAGAAGCCAUAUGAAUGUAAGCAGUGUGGGAAAGCCUUCACUCAGUCCUCUAACCUUCACUCACAUGAAAAAACUCAUACUGGAGCGAAGCCCUAUGAAUGUAAGCAAUGUGGCAAAGCCUUUACUACACCCAGUUCCCUUCGGAUUCAUGGAAGAAUGCACACUGGAGAGAAGCCCUAUGCAUGUAAGCAGUGUGGCAAAGCCUUUGCGAGAUCCAGUCACCUUCACUCACAUGUAAAAACUCAUACUGGACAGAAGCCUUAUGAUUGUAAGCAGUGUGGCAAAGCCUUUUCUAGAUCCAGUUACCUUCAGAUUCAUGGAAGAAUGCACACUGGAGAGAAGCCCUAUGAAUGUAAGCAGUGUGGCAAAGCCUUUGCUACAUCCCCUCAGCUUCACAGACAUGGAAGAAUACAUACCAGAGAAAAGCGCUAUGAAUAACAACAAUGUGGAAAAGCUUUUGCCACAUCCUGUCUGCUUCACACAUGUGAAAGAACAGAUACUGCAGAGAAAUCGUAUGCAUGUAAACAAUUGGUAAACAUUUCUGUUAUUACUGUUUCACUCAUAUACAUGUGGGAAGUUACUGGAGAAAAAAUCCUUUGAAUGUAAAACCUGGUAAAUCAAUAUUUCAUGUCAUCCUCAAAGACAAGGAAGGACUCACACUGCUGAAAAUGUGUGCGUGCAUGUGUGUGUGUGUGUGUGUGUGUGAGAGAGAGAGAGAGAGAGAGAGAGAGAGAGAGAGAGACAGACAGACAGACAGACACUGGGGAUUUAUUCUGGUUGUGCUCUACCACUUAGCUACAUUCCACUUACUUUUUAUUUUGAGACAGGGACUUGUUGCAUUUCUUCGGGUCUUCCAAAGGUGCUGAGGCUAGCCUCCAACAUUGAUCCUUCAGAAUUAGCUGCUCAAGUCUCAGGAAUUAAAGGCAUACUCCACCACUUCCAACUGAGUAACUCUUUAAAUGUAUAAAAUUAUCACAAAUCAUUCCAUUUUUCCCUAUUGCCUUCAAAGGCAUUUCAUUCCAAUUGAAAAACAAACCCUCUGAAUGUAAGCAGUGUGGCAACACCUUUGCUACAUCACAUCAGCUUCAUAAACAUGGAAGACUACAUACCAGAGGAAAGCCCUGGAAUACAUACCAGAAUACAUACCAGAGAAAAGCUACAUCCUGUCAGCUUCCCAUCCAGCCCUGUUUUUCUUCUCAUAUAUGAAAACACAGAGAGAAGCCCUGUGAGUGUGAGAAAUGUGGGAAAUCUAGUUUUUUCAGUCUUUUACUAAGGACUCAGAAGACUCUUUUGGAAUAAAAAGAAUAAAUCAUAUGCAAAAAAAGAAAUAUAAGUAGUUGAGCUGUUCUAGUUUUGUUCAGUUGUAUGAAAGGACUCAUACUGUAGAAAAUGCUGAGGAUAAGCCAUGUGAGAUAGUAUUCAGCUUUCAGAGUUUUCUUCAAAGACAUAAAAAAUUCACAUCUGGGAAGAUCCUUUUUCUCUCUUUCAAAAUUGUAGUAAGACUUUCAACUUUCCAGGUCCCUUCGAACAGCAUUUAAGAAAUCACACUGGAGAAAAGCCCUGUAUGUAGAAAUGUGGUAGGACCUUUGCUUGUUUCAGAUCCAUUUGAACUUGUUCAGACUUGAGGAUAUUUUUAUUUUAUUUCAUUUUAUUUAUUUAUUUUGAGAAAAAAACUGUAGGUGUGUGAAAAAGUUUGUGCCUUCAUUUCUUUUUUUUAUCUAUUCAGAGGAAACAAAAAUGCACCCUGGGUUGAAGAGGAGCAUUGUAUCAGCAUGAAGAUUUUAAAACAACAUGUUUUUCUCGGUUAAAUCUCUCUUAUUUUUAGAUUCCAUUUUCCUGUAUUUUAAAUCUUUUGUGUCUAAUGUUUCAUUACAUAUUCUGUAUGUUAGUUUAGGCCUCUCCACUCCAGCCUUUGCUACAGAUUGGUGAAAUGUCUCUUCUGAACUUCUUUCCUCUCUGUCUUUGUUCACAUUUCACCCAGGAGUGCUCCACCACUGAGUUUCUCCACAGUCCUUUUAAUUGUUGUUUUUUGAGAUGGAGAGAGGCUGGCAGCUGGGACCAUAAGGAUGUGUCUGUGUAACCUGAAGCUGUCCUCUUUCUUUUCCUUGAUUGCUUAUUGAGCUGUUGAUGAUUCUGGGACCCCACUCUUGUCACUUGUGCUUGUU